AUGCCUCAAAAUUUAAGUUCACCUAGAGCACUCCGAAACUGGAAGACGGCCCUGGGUAACGAUCAUAGUAAUUUGUUGAAAUUUUAUGGUCGCAUAACUCCACUAUUGAACACCGAAGAAUACCAUAAUUCUGAUUGUUUCACAGUGGUUGGAUGUAAAUGGUGGGUGCAAGUUUAUCUUAAGAGUAACAAUGGAAAACACUUAUCAGUGACCUUGCUACCUGACACUGCUGAAAAGAAAUGGUCUUAUGCAGAGAAUAGUUUGGCUCUUGUUAACCAAAUUAAUGACAAAAAAACAGUGAGACGUGAUACUCAACACCUUUUCCGUGACAAUACUACGUGGGGUUGGGCAUCUUUCUUACUUCUUUCUGAACUUAACGACCCAGCUAAAGGAUUUAUCAAGGAUGAUACUUGCAUCAUUCAAGCUGAUAUUUCUGCCUGUAGGAUUAAUGUUACGAAUAAAAAGGUGCCCGUAACUAAUCAAACGGUGGUGUAUCCCAAUGCUGGAAAACCCUUUGAAGAAGACCAAGGUGUCGUUUUUUAUGAUGAGAAAUAUGAAGACGUUGGUGGCUUCAGCAUUUUGAAAACACAAGCACCGUUGUACAGAAGGAUCUGGUUGAAAUUCGGGCAUAUUGCAACAACCAAAGUUAUGCCAGCCUCGUCGUUUAAUAGCUUAGUCACUGUUGUCACUGAUAUAAUGAAUACUAUCUUGGAUAUGUUUCGCUGCCGGUUUGCUGAUGUAUCUGUUGAACUGAUUGGUUUGUGGGAUCAGAAAAUUAAAAUGGCGGAGAAACUUGAGUUCAAUGUUAGAUGGCUCAGAGAUCGCUAUGAAGUUGUUAGAAAGGAUUUCUGUGGGGUUGAGAAAUUUAAAUCGGCAGUAAAAACAGAGCAGCAGCCAAAUUCACAGCCUGCAAAGAAGCGGGUGAAAAAAGAAAAUGGAUCGACAACACCAAAGGCGGAGCCGAAGGAUGAACCUAUAGAUAUAUCUCAUGACAGUUUACCUGGAUACCUGUUUGAAGGAGUGCUUUAG